UGAAAUGUUCUUUCCUCAGGAACAGAAUGAGCCAGGGAGACUCGAAUCCAGCCGCAGUUCCGCACGCCGCCGAAGAUAUUCAGGGAGAUGACAGGUGGAUGUCGCAGCACAAUCGAUUUGUCUUGGACUGCAAAGACAAGGAGCCCGACGUGCUCUUCGUGGGCGACUCCAUGGUGCAGUUGCUACAGCAGUACGAGAUAUGGCGAGAGCUCUUCUCACCGCUUCACGCAUUGAAUUUUGGGAUUGGUGGAGACACCACGGGACACGUUCUAUGGAGACUGAAGAAUGGCGAACUGGAGAACAUUAAGCCGAAGGUCAUCGUUGUUUGGGUCGGAACAAAUAAUCACGAAAACACAGCAGAAGAAGUAGCAGGUGGAAUCGAGGCUAUCGUGCGCCUGAUAAACACCCAGCAGCCACAGGCCAAAGUUAUUGUACUGGGCCUGCUACCUCGUGGAGAGAAGCCAAACCCCCUGCGGCAGAAGAAUGCCAAGGUGAACCACCUGCUCAAGGCCUCGCUCCCCAAACUGCCCAACGUCCAGCUUCUGGAUGCGGACGUCGGCUUCGUGCACUCGGAUGGCACCAUCUCGUACCACGACAUGUUUGAUUUCCUGCACCUGACGGGGGGGGGCUACGCCAAGAUCUGCAAACCCCUCCACGAACUGAUCAUGCAGCUGCUGGAGGAGACCCCCGAGGAGAAACGAGCUGCCCUGGCCUGAGUAGCUGACGUCAGCGUCAACAGCAUCAUCCAGCCCCACCAGAUCAGUUCUGUCACUGGCACUACAGAAUCCUUCUUUCUUAAAGCACUUUCCAUUGUAGAAUGUUACCGGAUGUUCGUACCUAGUGUUUUGAGGGGGAAGGCUAAUGUUUAACUGGUCUUGUACAUACGAGGGCCGGCUUGGUUGGUUUUAUUGCGGGAGGAAAUUAGCUGGAGAAGAGUUUUACUUUUAAACCAUUCCUCAUUGAAACCGAGAAGCAGGGCUGUCGCCCUGCGCCCCUCUCAUGUCUUGUUGCUCUGUGGUUGUCCUAGAACCCCUGUAGCCUGUCUCCGGCAGCCCGCGCACAGCUCCUGGCUCACCGUUCCUGGCCCUAGGGAUUGUGCUCUGUGUAUUAGCCCGCGAACAAGAAUCACAUUCCACUUGCAAAAGCCGGAACAGAUGCAUUUUUCCAAACUCGGUCCCACCUUUUACAGUUUUUUUUUUUUUUGGGGGGGGGGGUGUUUUGGUUUUGGUUUUUUCUUUCUGGGGGGCUUUUAAGUGACACGUGUUGCUUUCUCACUCGUUCUUCCUGAAGCAGCGCGAAACUGGAAAUCCGAAGCGUAAAGAGACAAACGGUUGACCGAACUGGUGUAACACUCCCAGGUGCUUGUGCUCGUGCUUGUUUCGCCACGCCUACUCCCACGUAGCUUUCCCCGGGGGCAGCCCCAUUCAGGUGCUGCUGGCUGUCCUGUCCUCUGCUCCCGUCUGUGUGUGGUGUCGCUGGCUUUUAACAGUUGCUCGGUUUAGGAUUUUAAUUACUCGGAAAGCACCGCGCAAGGCAGUCGCUUCCUCGCUACUCCAGAGCUGACCCCUCAUUCCUCCGAGGUGCCUGUGCCGCAGGGCUCUUUGCAGUGCCGGUCGUUGUUCUGCGUAGGUUUUUGUUUGUUUGUUUGUUUGUUUGUUUGUUUGUUUGUUUUUAAGUGUGGCCGUUACGCCCUGUUUUCCUGCAGGAACCCCCUACGGAUAGCCCCCGUCUGCAAGGCCUAAAUCAGUCCGAAGCUUUACAGAUUCCGAGGUGUAUAUUUCUUUAUCGCUUCUGUUUUACCUGUCUAAACAUCUGAUUCGAGCAACUACAGCCUCUUGCAGCAAAAAGUGAAGUCGAGGCGUAGCUUUCCCUGCCCUGGACGCCGCUCCUCGCCUCUAGCCGAGGGAGCCGGAGGGGCAGGUGCCCUCCCACAGGGGCUGCGACUAGGUGGGAUUUUGGUUUGGUUUUGUUGUGAGGAGGGCCGGCUGUGGCCUACGAACGAGCGAAUGAAAACGGCCUUUCAUUGCAAAGUGAAAGGUUCCCUUUUCCAGAAAGAAACCGGUUUGGACCCGAAAGGCGGGGCCCUAGACGAAUAGCUUAACUGUGCUUGGACAGCAUUUGAAACAAAGUCUGUUCCUCCUUGGCUUACCUGCCGGGGUCGGAGCUUGGCGGCGCGGCGC